AAAAAGAGCAGGAUGUAGCGGUACAUGUAUCGGACUCGCUUCAUACCAAUCCAACCACCAGAACUCCGUCUCUCCUUAUAUGUCGACGCGGUGAGUCGGGUCUGGGGGAUGGUUAACGUGAGGAUCGCCAGCAGAGACGACUAACGUUUUGAAAACAUGUCCAACAUCCUCGAUGUGGUGUCCAGAGUGAAAUGGGACCGCACGGCUGCGGCGAAGCGCGCCGUUUUUCUCGCGGCGGCCGCUUACGGCGUCAAAACCCUGUACCCCAUCAUCCGCAGGCAGCUCGGCAAAAACAAAGACGCCGGGCGUAACCGCCGACUUUCAACAGCGGAGAACGGCUCCACCUGUUUGGCAAAGACGCAGAUAGGCGCCGCGCACCACAAGAAAGCAUCCCCCGGGGUAAAUGCGGAUUUUUUUAAGCAGAUCUUCGAACUUGGUAAAAUCCUCUUCCCCAAUCUCUUGUCCAAGGAGCUCGCUUUGCUCUGCGUGCAUUCCGUGGCGCUCGUAUCGAGGACGUUUCUGUCUAUUUACGUGGCCAGCUUGGACGGGAAGAUUGUGAAAACCAUAGUGGAGAAGGAACCCAAGAGUUUCAUCUUCCAGCUGAUGAAAUGGCUCCUCAUCGCCAUCCCGGCCACGUUCGUCAACAGCGUCAUCCGGUACCUGGAGUGCAAGCUGGCUCUGGCCUUCCGCACCCGGCUGGUGGACCAUGCCUACCGGACCUACUUCACGGAUCAGACCUACUACAAAGUCAGCAACAUGGACGGGAGGCUCUCCAACCCGGACCAGUCGCUCACGGAGGACGUGAUGAUGUUCUCCCAGUCGGUGGCUCACCUCUACUCGAACCUCACCAAGCCGAUCCUGGACGUGGUGCUCACCUCCUACACGCUGAUCCGGACCGCCAGGUCCAGGGGGGCCAACGCCACAGGGCCCACCUUGCUGGCGGGGCUGGUUGUCUUCAUCACGGCUACGGUCCUGCGUGCCUGCUCGCCGAAGUUCGGCAAGCUGGUGGCCGAGGAGGCUCACAGGAAGGGCUACCUGCGCUAUGUCCACUCCAGGAUCAUUGCCAAUGCGGAGGAGAUCGCGUUCUACAGGGGACACAAGGUGGAGAUGCGCCAGCUGCAGAAGUGCUACCGGGCCCUGGCUGACCAGAUGCACCUGAUCCUGUCCAAGCGUCUCUGGUACAUCAUGGUCGAGCAGUUCCUCAUGAAGUACGUGUGGAGCGCCUGCGGGCUCGUCAUGGUGGCCGUGCCGAUCAUCACAGCGACCGGCUUCGCCGACAACAAAACGGCAGACGGGCAGAUGCACAUGAUGGUGAGCGAGAGGACGGAGGCUUUCACCACCGCCCGCAACCUCUUGGCCUCGGGCGGCGACGCCAUCGAGAGGAUCAUGUCCUCCUACAAAGAGGCGACAGAGCUGGCGGGCUACACCGCCCGGGUCCACAACAUGUUUUUGGUCUUUGAGGACGUCCAGAGGGGCGUUUACAAGCGCUCCACCGUAUCGGCCACGACCAGAGAUAAGAAGAAGAGCAAGCCGGACAUGCACAUAGAAGGACCGCUGGAGAUCAAGGGGGAAGUGAUCGACGUGGACAAGGGCAUCGUGUGCGAGAACGUCCCGAUCAUCACGCCGAACGGGGACGUGGUGGUGGCCUGCCUGAACCUGAAGGUGGAAGAGGGCAUGCACCUGUUGAUCACGGGCCCUAACGGCUGUGGGAAGAGCUCCCUGUUCAGGAUCCUCAGCGGCUUGUGGCCGGUCUACAGCGGCCGCCUCUACAAACCCUCUCCCCAACAUUUGUUCUACAUUCCUCAGAGGCCAUACAUGUCCAUAGGUUCACUGCGGGACCAGGUGAUCUACCCGGACUCGGUGGAGGACAUGGCGUCCAAAAGCAUCCGUGACAAGGACCUGGACAUCAUCUUGGACAUCGUCAACCUCCACCACAUCGUCACCAGAGAAGGAGGCUGGGAUGCUGAUCUGGACUGGAAGGACGUGCUGUCGGGAGGCGAGAAGCAGAGGAUGGGCAUGGCGCGCAUGUUCUACCACAAGCCGACGUACGCGCUGUUGGACGAGUGCACCAGCGCCGUGAGCAUCGACGUGGAGGGGAAGAUCUUCCAGGCUGCCAAGGACGCCGGCAUCUCUCUGCUCUCCAUCACACACAGACCCUCCCUGUGGAAAUACCACACCCACCUGCUGCAGUUCGACGGCGAGGGAGGCUGGCGCUUCGAGCAGCUGGACACGGCGGCGCGUCUCUCGCUCACCGAGGAGAAGCAGCGGCUGGAGACGCAGCUGGCCGGCAUUCCCGAGAUGCAGCAUCGCCUCAACGAACUGUGCAAGAUCCUGGGGGACGACUCUGUCCUCAAAACGACCGAGGAGUGAGAGGAAGGGGAAGGGGGGAGGAGAGGAGAGGCCCCGAGGGGGAAGAGAGUCAAUCGAGGGGGGUGAGGGACAAAGAGGCAAUGGAAGAAUGAGAAAUCCGUCGGGGGUUUGUUGGUUUUAUCUUCAGGCUCAGUUUAUCUUAUGCUUGUUUUCUCUCUCGCUCCGAGCCCCUCCCCCUUUAAAACGAGGGAGGGCUCUUAUUAAGGCCUGUUUUGUUUUUUCGCCCCCCCUCUUCCUUUCUCAUCCCUCCUUUGCCCUCCUCCAACCCGAGAGGUGGCGGGAGGGGAGUGAAGCGGAUUCACAAGUAUUAUCUCUCCCUUCUUGCACACUCGGCUGUAGGUUCCUAGAAGUUUUUAUUUUUAUUUUUAGCGAGCAUCCUUAUCAGGAUCAAAACAGAUUUUUUUUUUAAUGAAGAAAAAAGUGUAAUUUCACCGAGAUGAUAAUUUAUUUGUUUGUUUGUUUGAAAGCACUUUAAUCUGCUUUUAGAGGGCUGUUUCGGUUUGUUGUGGUAGCUCACAAGUCAAAUGAGGCGAUAGCUGCAUUUUAGCUGGAAGGCUUUUUAAUGUAGAAACUGUUCAUAAUGUCCGCAGCAGUAUUCAAACCCAGUGUACUGGGUAGUGCAGGAUCCACAUUUCUUCAUAAUUUAGCAGUUUGUUUUUAGUUCUUACUGAAGUCCAUGUUUCCUCUUGGUUUUGAGAGGUCACAAAGAGACUUUGUUUUGUUUUUCAUGAUGUCACAGUAUGCCUUUGUUUGAUUUCCGUGUGUCCUGUCCCCUCUCCUCUUUACCUCAUCUGAGCCCUUGUUGGGACCCUUGAGCCACAGAUGUGGGCUCAUCUGCACCGGGAGGGGGGUCCGAUUCCCGAACUAUUGCUUUCUGGUUUAUUAGACAAACACAGCUAGCUCCCUCUUCAAAAUGAGAGGAGCGGAGAGCAAGCCGACCCCGUAGUCCGGUCUAUAAAUAGCCCCACAUUUACUGUUCAUGGUCGGACAAGUAGCCAUUCAAACUGAAGCCCCGCCCCCUCGUGUUGACACAAAACACACUUGUGUGUCUUGUGUUGUGUGUGCCAGAUGCCUGCUGGGACUCUGCUUCGUCAGCAGUGCUCUGCGGGUCCUUCUCCGCCUGUUUGGGACCAUGGGCUGGCACGUUAGGCUAAUUCUAGGACACUUCACAUUAUAAAAAUUGCCGACGCCGUGAGAAAUAGUUUGAUUGAUGUGUUUUGCUCCUCAAAUGAAUUGUCUUUAAAUAUCACGUGGUGUGUUUUUUACGUGCACUGAUAAAGGCUCCACACAUGUAUGAGGCCUUACCGGGGUUGACCUAAUUGUUGUGUUCCCACUUAUUAGGGCUAAUAUUCAGGAGUACAGUUAGAAGUCAGGCAGGUGGGGGUUUACUUUCUGGCUCAAGGACACUCGGCAGGUAGUCUUGUGGCUAACGGCGGUACGCUGACGUGUUUGUCCCCAGCAACUCAUCUGAAGUUGUGAUACUGUGAACCCUGCAAUUUGUUACACGUGCUUCAUUUUUGUUGUCGACAACAACAACAACAAAGUCCUGAAGCUGUUCUCAUGUGGUGGUUCUUACGCUGUGGUUCAGAUGCUUAAAGAGUGAGGAAAAGGACAUUUAGCCAGUUUUAGCCACCCGGAUUGUUCUGAGGAAAACGGAUGGGGAUCAUGGUUAUGGAGUUGUUUUAUUUUGUAGGUUUCAUGUGUUGAUUUAAUCCUAAAGAUACAAAGAAACACAGAUGACCGCUGUGUUUUAGAAGCAAACUAGUGUUUGGCUCUUCUACGCGCCCCCUUUAGGACAUCACUGAGCCAAUGUAAUAUGUGGAAGCACUUUUGGAACAUUAUUCUGGUUGAAUCUGAAUGUAUUUACACAACACACCCUGACUCAAAGUCAUCUGAAUUUUUUGGAAAAGCCACUAUCUUUCUCUGUUUGGUGUUGACGGAGAACAGACAAAAAGUCUCGUCGGCAGACGAGUGCACCGCCGUGUUUUCAAACCACACGUUCUGGCUGCUUAUUGUCCGCUGAGAGUAAAAUGAGUACCGGUUUUAGGUAAAUGCACCUGCGCCAACUGCUUUGUUAUGGCACCCAUAAUGUAAAUAGUCGAGUGCGUCUCCCGAGGCCUUUUGAUAGUCUGAACUGGGGCUGCAUCCAAAGUGCUACCUCUUGGCUCCAUUGAGGCUUUUUGCCACCGCCCCCUUUUUGGCUUUUUGUGUACAGUCCAUUUGGAUGCAGCCCUGCUCUGCUCAGGGUGAUGGUUGCUAGGUUACAGAAGGACAAAUGUAGAUUGCCUUCCCUCCCAAUGUGGCUAUCCUAUGUUGAUGCAUCCUAAAGGGGAUGCUACUAACUACUCCUGGUGUAGACUCAGUCGACAGGAGGUCAGAUGAGCCGCCGAUUGACAACGAAACACGAGGUUGGCUCAAGAGCAGACAGUCUGACGUCCACAAGCAUGACCACGGCUUUAAGAGUCAAAAUGUCAGGAAUACUACUCCUUCGUCUUUAAAAAGGAUCAGACGAUGGAUGACGAGGGGACAUUUUUCCCAGCAAGCUUCACACUUCGGUUUAGCUUAAAUAUUUUUAUUUUUGGGGGGGGAAUACAUUUUUUGGUUUUUAUUUGCCUAAAAAAAAUGUAAGCCCAGUACGGAGCCCUGCCAGCCCACAGCUAAUGCUAGCUCAAAGCUCAAUAGCUAGAUAUUUGCCUUUUUUUUAGGAGUUUAAAGGAGUGAAUACUGUGUUUACUCGACGUCAAAAGGAGUGGUAGUGUUGCUCCGUGGCUAAAGCACAGAGAAAGUGUAGAGGGGCCAAUGUUCAACUAGCUAGCAUUACGUUUGUGCUAACUAGCUUGUUAGUGUGAAACUUGUAUCCGAUAGCAUACUUCAAUUCAGUUUAUUUUAUAUAGCCCAAUAUCACAAAUUACACAUUUUCCUCAGUGGGCUUUACAAUCUGUACACAUACUGCUGUGUCUUCAUGUCUGGAGGCGCUUCUGGGCUUACUACAAGAUUAUAAAAAAUUUCUCCAUUGAUUUUUAUCUUCGAACAUGGCACCUCAUUAUUUCUUAGCCCUUCCAGAGACCAGUUAAGAUGGCCGACUGACUUCCCAGUGAAGUUCGGCCUUCAGUGACCUCGCUGUGUGCCGUCGUGACACCACUUUGAUACUGAGAGUUCCCCUUUUAGCCCUUUUGUAUGUAAUCAAUUGAAUGUAUCCAUUAUGUAUGAUAAAGCAUCUCUUAUGAAGACUGAGUACACAUGCUCAUACAGGUUUCCCUCCGGUUUGAUAAUUGAUCAUUUUUAUGACGGUGUCGAUAGUGCAUGUGACAUGAUUUUCUUAUCAGAGCCCUGUGGUGGUGUUUGAUUUGGUAUUUACUGUACAUGGUGUGUGUGAAGUGGGAUGAUAAGAAAAAGGAAAAUGAAGAGCACAGGGAUCUCAAGUGUCACGCAUUGAGCGUGAGACUCACGCAUUUCGGUCUUAAGUCACGCACUCCCGCCACACAUCGUAUUUCUCACGCUGAAAAAAACUCUCGGCUAUUUAAUGUCUUAAUGUGCCGCAGCGCGCCAACAUGAGCCGCGCUGCCCUCACCGUGGAGGAAUCAAGCAAAUGUCACUCUUGCCUGUCUUCAAAACUUGAGAGCCCUGAGAGCAUGACCCCGAGUACAGUGGUUCUCAAAGUCAGGGAUUACUACACGUUGGAAUUACUUCCGGAUUACAGUUUGCAAUCAAAACUCCAAGACGUAUAACUGUUUUAUCUUUUUUAAUUUCUGUAACCUCCUUUUCUUUGGAUCUUAUCGUGCAUGUGUAGGAAUCCUGUAUUCUUUUAACUUUAGAACCUAGAGAGGUACAUCGGCAUAAAGGUCAUCUGUAUAAACAAAAAUCAUGUGCUACGGUCACUUUAUGUUGAAAGAUGAAGAUGUAUUUUCUUGUUAAUAAAAAACAAUACAGUGCAACCUCGAAAUAAAUGGGCCUGAAUGUUUAA